UCCAAUCGGGUUGGAGGGAACGAAGGGGAAAAAAGCCAUCUGGAAGCAAGCAGCAGUCUGGGCGCGGAGUGGCUGUUCCAGCAGCCCCCCCCCCCCCCGCGCCAAGUAAACGGCAUGCAAAAAUCCCACAUGAUCAAGCAACAGCGACUUUGCUCCUAGCUAGCCGACUGCGCCUCGUCCAUCUACGCACACACGGAUCUGACACAAAAACGCGCAUGUGGAUGUGUGUGUACACGGCUUUCCCGUGUAGGCAUCUAUGCAGCUGCCGGUGGCGCGCAGACACCCAGCUCAGUAGCCUCCUCGGGGUCUUUUUUAGGCUGCCGCUGUCGGAUUUACACGCAGGAAACCGGUAAUUGCGAAAAAGGGGGGCGUGACUGUUUAAAGAUCCCCCCCUUCAUCCUUUUCUUGGCAGAUCUGACUCCUGUUCCUCCAAUCCUCGCUGCGCUUUCCGAUCCCUGCCCGCCCGCCGCUGCAUUCGACUUUAUUUCAUGCGCUUGCUGGAGUGGCGAGAAAGGAGGCAUUUCCUCGCUCCUUUCUGUUGCUGCUGUUUCGCGGGGCCGAGAGCGCAGCUGCCGCCGGGCCAGACCCUGAAGCCUUUCCCCCCCUCCCCGCCCUGUAAUGUAGUCAUCUGCAGGGAGGUUUCCUUUUUCUCCUCCGCCCCUUCUCUUUUGCAAAGUUGACGUUCGGGGGACUUGGACCUCCUUGGCUCCCGCAGCCACUCGGAGGAGGAGAAGAGACCAGAGCGCCGCCGCCUCGCCUGGGGGCUCCAGUCGCUCCUGCCUCGGGCAGAGGAGGCACCUUCCCCAGCCGAGCCUCGCCGGAGGAGUUUGGGGAGGGGGAAGCCUUCCUUCUCCUCGCCUGUCGCCCAAAAACUGGUCCCGGAGCCACGGGCUUUGCUCUGCCCGGGUUGCCGCCCUCCUCCCGCUCUGCCUCGGUGGAUCCCUUUCGCUUGUUCGGACCAGGGACGACGACCAGCCGCGCUCCGAGGGAGAGGCGCCGCCAGUACAGCUUCCCAACUCGAGCCCGAGGAAGAAAGCAAGGCGGAAAAGAGAGCGAGGGAGAGAGAGAGCGCGCCCAGGCGGACUUUUCCUUCUGUCCAGGGUUUGCUGUCGGCUCUCCCAGCCAAAAGGCGGGAAGCAGUACCCCGGAGAAGAAAGCCAGGCGCCCGGGGAGGGCCGGUGGAUGUCUCGGCGCAGGACUGGCUGUGAAUGCGCUCGCCCUGCUGCUGCUGCUGCUGCUGCUACCCGCCUCGGCUCGCAGCUUUCCCCGCAGGGCACCGUGAGGCGCUCUCCUCGGCGCGAGCUUUCUCCCGGGGGGCAUCUCCGGGCGGCCCCUCGCGCCGCCGGCUCUGUCCUCUUUGUGUGUGUGUCUCGUGACUUGGUGUGAGGUGUCCCUUUUGUCUCUUUGAGUUCCCCCCGUGUUCUCCUUUGUCGCCGUCGCUGUUGUUGUGUCUCUCUCUUUCUCUGCGCUGCGCCUCGUUGGCCGGGAGCGAUGUUGCACGUGGAGAUGUUGACGCUGAUCUUCCUGCUGCUCUGGAUGUGCGUCUUCGGCCAGGAUCCCGGCUCCAAAGCAGUCGCUGAUCGCUACGCCGUCUACUGGAACAGCACCAACCCCAGAUUCCAGCGGGGUGACUACCACAUCGAUGUUUGCAUCAAUGACUAUUUGGAUGUAUUCUGCCCUCAUUAUGAGGAUUCGGUGCCAGAAGAUAAGACUGAGCGCUACAUACUUUACAUGGUGAACUUUGAUGGCUAUAGUUCCUGUGAUCAUACCUCCAAAGGAUUCAAGAGGUGGGAGUGCAAUCGGCCUCACUCUCCAAAUGGACCAUUAAAGUUCUCAGAAAAAUUCCAGCUCUUCACUCCCUUCUCAUUAGGAUUUGAGUUCAGGCCAGGCCGGGAAUAUUUCUACAUCUCAUCUGCAAUACCUGAUAACGGGAGACGGUCCUGUUUAAAGCUGAAAGUCUUUGUACGACCUGCAAACAACUGUAUGAAAACUAUAGGUGUUCAUGAUCGUGUUUUCGAUGUUAACGACAAAGUAGAAAAUUCAUUAGAACCAGCAGAUGAUACUGUGCAUGAGUCAGCUGAGCCAUCCCGUGGUGAGAAUGCAGCACAGACACCAAGGAUAUCCAGUUGGCUUUUGGCAACCCUACUGUUCUUUCUGGCAAUGCUUUUGACGUUAUAGCACAUACUCUAACAUCGGGGUCUUGGAACAUCAUAGAUCCACUUAAGUGCUCAUCCCAAGAAAGGGACUUUAUAUUGGUUUUGCAGAUGUUCAUUUGUUCCCUUCUCCCCAUCCCCACCACUUCCCUCUCUGCAUCCUGAACUAUGAACAAUACCUGAAGAGGAAUAAUUAGUCCUCUUCCCACUCCAAAACUUUCCCAUGGCUUUCCCUGAUCCAUUAUAAAAUAAAAGGACUCCAAAUGAAAAUGCCAAAUUUCAAUAUUGACACUAGUGAUUCUUACUUUUCUCUGCAGUCUCUCUUAAGAUACCACCUCCGUUAGCUUAAUAUAUCAUCUGUAUGUGGACAAUGAAGAAUAGUGGCAAAUGCAGUCAAUUGGAGAAUAAGGAAGUUGUGUGAAAAACCAAGAGGAGUUUUGACUCUCCAAUACAAUAUUUAUGGCUCCUUAUUCAACGCUGUAAAGAUCAUCAUCCAAGGCACUGUGUCAUCAUGUCAGGACUGGAGGGAAAAUACUGAGAAUAGAUAGAGUACAACACCAUUUCCUAUAGCACUGUUUUGUAUUCAACUGCCUUGAAGAAUUGUUAUGACAGUAAAACUUGCAUUCCACAACAGAAGCCCUGUCUUUAGAGUGAAAUUUUAAAAAAUGACUACUGAGGAAUGCUAGCACACAAGCAAGGCCAGAUUUAAGAAGCUACACAGGGACGUGAGUGCCUCUUUUAUCUCUUUAAGUGAAUUGUGCACACCAGAUUUUUUUUCUUUUGAAACUGAUCACCAUGGUGCUACAAUAUUUUUUCUUCAAAUGCAAAGAGGCAUUUUCUUUUUCCUUUUUUGUGAGAAUAAAGUGACCUUUUCCAGGGCUGACUCACUAGCCAAUAGCCUUGUAUGCUGCUCUGGGUAAUGAUACAUGCUAAAAUGGUGGCAGCACUGAAUAGAACAAACCUGGUCAAAGAUGCUUAAUCUCCUGUGAUUGUUCUCCCUUGAAAGUUUGGCAAACUUUGGAAUAAAUGCAUUUGGAAAGGGGGAAAUUGUUAUUGAAGUUGGGGUGUGAAGAGAAAAGGGAAAGUAGAGUAUGUUGAAUCCUGGAGUUAAAAUUAUGCAUUGGUUUUAUAUUUCUUUUCAUCUCCAGCACAAAUGAAGAGUCAGUGUCAGCAGGAGAUGAACUAGAUGGACUUCCAAAGUCCUUUAAAAAAACUUAAAUCCACUACAUUAGAAAAUGCAUCAUUUAGAUAUACCUUGUACUAAAAGAAUUUAUGCUGGUCCUAUUUUAAAAGAGUGAAUAUUUUGACAUUUAAAGAUUACAGGGUGCUGAUCUUAAGCAUCUGAACAUAACUGAUAUAUCAUUUACCAGUUAAUGCUUCCCUUGUAGGUUUCUGAAGGAUUAAGUAGCCUGAAUUUUGACUUCCCGACAGAGGGAAAAUCAGAGAUGCCAUGAGAAUUGCUGUUUAGUAAGGCUGACUUUUGUCCAAAAAUUGUUCAGAGCAACAUUUUAAAAUAAAGGGUUAUUCCACUCCCAGUAGGAUUUUCACAAGAUGACAAAAGUGUCCUUUAAUCCUGAAUCAUGAUGCCCAUGGACAGCAUUUUGUGAGAAAAAUGGUUUUCUAAAGUUGAUGAAUUUCAGGAUUGAAAACUAGUGGAAAGUGAAAAUGUGAUUUUAAGGCAUUCUGGGCUUGCCUGAUACCAUAGGUAUGCAUAUGGGUUGCAUUUGAGAGCAAUGAGAUAUUGUACACACACACACAGUUGCAGUCUACAUAGAAGAAUGAUCCUACUUUCUUUCUUUACAAUACAAUAAAUACACCUCUAGCCGAUAGAUAUGCUUGAUGCAUGUACACAGCUGGGAGUGGGAGAACUGUAGGGUAAUAACCUUGAAGACAGUGAGCAAUGUAAAGAUAAGGUUGCAUUCCUGUGAAGAUAGCAUAUCAAUCAAACAUGAGAAGUAUUGAUUUGAUAUGCUGACAAUGGCAAUAGUUGUUUCCCAACAGUUUACAAAUAAUAAAAGCCUAGAUUCACAAACUCUCAUUGUUUCAAGAGCAUGCUUUUUAAAAAUAAUUUUUCACCACAAUGAAUUUGACCUUUUGCUUUGGCACAGUAUGAUUGCUAAUCCAGUGAAUAAUAGUGACACUAUUUUACAGGGACAUGAGCUGCUAUGCUGCAUAAAAGACAAACCUUGUGGGUAGUAAGUUUACUGGACCUGCACUUCGGAUACUUGAUGGCAUCAGGCAAUCUCAAUCACAUCAAACAAGAAAUGUCUUUGGAUUUGUGAAUUUCUCUGGUGUGUAUGCGUGUGUGUUGUCUUGAGUUGCACACUUGGAAAAGGUGUCAGUGUCCAAGCUUACAACAGCUCUUCUCCCCAGUUUACAGAGCAAAAUUGCACCACCACUGCAGUGGCUUUUCAGCCCUGGCAAGUCUGCCUUGUGUGUCUCACUCCUGAUUUGCCAAGGGCUUUGUGAAGGAAAGCGGGGAAAUAAGAAUCAACCAGUUUGGUGGAUACUGUGUAUCCUUUAAUAGACAACAAGGUAACCUUUCGUGUUAGUUUAGAAAUAUUGUUUUGUACUGUACUUUCUUGGGUGGCAAAGGAAAGACAAGUAACACAAAAGAAAAUGCUAUGUUCUUUAAAUUCUGUAUUAUUAGCAGCCUCUGUUGUAUAUAGUGUUUGAUAAUAAAGUAUUAAUUUGAUUAUUAUGUCUUUUGUAAGUGAAAAAAUAGAUUUUCAUUAUAUUAAAAUAAAUGAAUACACCCACUGAUUAUAUGCCAGAAGCAUCCAUCAUGGCUACCAAGAACUAAAUGAUAAGUGGCCACAACAUGUGAACCAUGCAGGACUCCCCCAUUCACCCAGACUCAAUAUUUCACAAUGUCAUGAUCCAGAGCAAUGUGGCAUUUGAUGACCAGUGUUUUGUCUUCAGUGUUAAUGGUCUGAAGUUGGAGCUCUGUGGCAUUUAGGGUUAAGCUUUCCUUUUGGAGUUUUUAGUAGCAUUUAGCAUUUUCUUUAUAUAUAUUUCUUUUCCAGUACCUUUUUAAUUUCUUUUUGUCAUCUGUUUUGAAAGGAGGCCUUGCCAGCAUCUUGUGUGAUAUGACUUCAUUCCCCACAUCAAUAAACAGUGUUUGGAAGAAGUCAGAUGCACAUAAUUUUCUUUCCUUCUAACCACUAUAGAGAGAAAGAAAUGGUAACUGGUAGGAGAAGGUGCUUUUAAUUGAUCUCUAUUAGUUGUGUUCUAAAAGCAGUGGCUGUAUCAAUUUUAAAACUUCUGACCUUAGUCAUACAGCAGUCAGAUCAUGUUUGUUCAUCAAUUUUAUUUUACCAGUUCCCUGCAUUGAAUUUUUCUGUUUUGUGCCUCAGCCCUGCAAGUUCUCCCUCCCCCCCCCCUUAAAUUUGGACCAGUGAAUGAACAGAUCUGUUUCUGAUUUGGCAUUACCAAGAUUUUCCCAUGCAUUCACCCCCAAGCUUUUCGGAUGUGAGGCAAAUCUCCCUACAAUAGGCAUUCUGCCAUUGUCUGUACAGUUUAAUAGAUGCUGGCAUGUUGGAGGUUACCCAUGAGUCUACAAAAUCCACUUUCCAUACUUACUCUUGACACCCUAUUGAAGCCACUCAUUGUGUGCCCUGGGUAUGAAAGUCCAGCUCAGUGUGGUCCUGUGUUUGUACUGCCCUGCUUUGCAGUUUCUUUGCACUUAUUCAUUGAGUGCUGUUUUUGAAAUGCUUACAUUAUAUGAUCUUAACAGAAAUUGUAAAAAUGAAACAAACCCAUAAGAUCUGUAUUUGUAUAUACACAUGUCCAUACAAUUAUAUCUGAAUAAAAAACUUAAAGAUUUUCA